GUUCUCGUCUACAUCAUCGGCCGACUCCAUACGUAUAUAUUUAAAUCAAAUUCUAAAACCCCUUCCGAGGAAAAACUGAAUAUUGAGUGAGAUCGAAUUCUGGUCGGAAAACGGCCAGUUCUUCCUGCAACGACCGGAACUUCGGACUGCAUCACAGGGUUGUGUAGGGUUGGACUGAAUUGUGUUUAGGAGCACAGAAGAAGUGCUCUUGCUGUGCAUCGUGUCCUUUCGAUCCACUCGUUGCGCAAUUUCGAUUAGCUGAGCUGAUGGCGACUCCAGGGGGACCUAGACCUGGCAACUUCCCCCCCAAUUUCAACCCGAAUUUCAAUCCAAACGCGCUUGCCAACAAUAUGCAGAAUCUGCAAGUCAAUCAGCCCAGUCAGCAACAGCCUGGCGGAGGUUCCCAACCUCCCUACACCACACCCUUCGGUCAACAGCCCCGACCUUCUGCCGGUGCCCGUCCGGGCCCACCUCCUCCUCCAGUCGGGCCAAGGCCCCCGCCACCUGGUGUGUUCCCGACAUCUGCCAAUGGGCCCACUGCUCUCUCCCCUUCCAGGACCGGCCCUCGUCCCAGGCCCUUUCCGUCUGCCCCUCCAACUUCCGGGCCCACCACUUCACCCAUAAUGGGCACUCCGAAUGGUCCUUCUGCCUUGGGCCCGGGAAUUUCGCAAGGCGGGCCCAGAUUCCCUCCCACAAUGGGUAGUAUGCAAAGACCACCGCCGGUUGGGCCACCUCAGCAGCCUUCGCAGAUGCGUCCUAGCUAUGGUGGUCAGCCUACCAGUGGAUCACCGUCUCCUGCGGGGCAGCAAGCGACCCCAUUUGCAGGCCCGCCGUUUGCUGUGGGGCAACAGGCACCUCCGUUUUCGGACCGAACGCCGAACGUGGGGCCUCCUCAAGGAUCCUCCCAGUUUUCGGCGCCUAUUCCUGGUGGGCCCCAGCCUUUGGGCUCACCAUAUGGCAUGCAGACAUGGCCAGCACAACCGAACCAGCAGAUUUCUGAUCCUAUGCAACAGCAGCAGCCGAUGUUUGGAAUGCCUCCAGGUGGGCAACAACCUCCAAAUCAAUCUAUGUCUAUGGGUCAAACAGGACAAACUAACAUUGAUCCAGGCCAGAUUCCCAGCCUCACGCCAACAGGUUCUGCUGUAAUUUUGCACGAGACCCGACAGGGAAAUCAGGCAAACCCUCCUCAGCCUGCAACAAGUGACUAUAUAGUAACAGACACUGGAAAUUGCAGUCCACGCUACAUGAGGUGUACUACAAACCAGAUUCCAUGUACUGUAGACCUUCUGUCGACAUCGGCGAUACAGUUGGCUUUAUUGGUCCAGCCUUUAGCUCUUCCACAUCCGUCCGAGGAACUCAUCCAUGUUGUUGAUUUUGGGGAAAGUGGUCCCGUCAGGUGUUCUCGCUGCAAAGGUUACAUAAACCCAUUCGUAAAGUUUAUUGACCAAGGAAGACGAUUCAUUUGCAACUUGUGUGGAUUUACAGAUGAAACUCCACGUGACUAUCACUGCAACUUAGGUCCUGAUGGCCGGCGCAGAGAUGCUGAUGAUAGACCUGAGCUAUGCAGAGGAACAGUUGAAUUUGUGGCUACCAAGGAAUACAUGGGGUCUAUAGGAUCCGUUGUACCUUAUGAGGAAAUUUUCUCAGCACUGCAAGGCAUGGGCUCGCUUAAAGCUCCAGGUAUGGAUGGGUUGCACGCCCUCUUCUACAAACAGAACUGGGAGAUGCUGCGGGAUCCAAUGCCUGCUGUAUUUUUCUUCCUUAUUGAUGUAUCCAUGAAUGCCAUACAAACUGGUGCAACCGCUGCAGCUUGCACUGCAAUCAACCAAGUUAUAGAUGAUCUUCCUAAGGGUCCUCGAACCAUGGUGGGCAUUGCUACAUUUGACUCUACCAUCCACUUUUACAACCUAAAACGAGCUUCACAGCAGCCGUUAAUGCUUAUUGUUCCUGAUGUUCAAGAUGUAUACACUCCUCUUGAAAGUGAUGUUAUUGUUCAACUUGAUGAGUGCCGCCAGCAUUUGGAGGUAUUACUAGAAAGCAUUCCUACAAUGUUUGAGAGUAAUAGAAUUGCUGAUUCAGCUUGUUGUGCUGCAGUAAAGGCAGCUUUCUUGGCAAUGAAAAGCACUGGCGGCAAACUGCUUGUCUUCCAAUCCACAUUGCCAUCAACUGGUAUUGUAUCCCUUUCUGCUAGAGAAGCAGAAGGCAGAAGCAACACAUCAGCUGCAGAAAAGAAUUUGUAUUCUGGGAGCUUAACUGCAAUGGUUGGGUUUCAGGAGGCUCACAAAUUACUCCAACCGACUGACCAAAAUUUGAAAACUAUGGCCAUUGAGUUCGCAGAGUAUCAGGUCUGUAUUGACUUGUUCAUUACAACACAAUCGUAUGUCGAUAUAGCUUCUCUCUCUGUCUUUCCAAGAACUACUGGAGGCCAGGUUUACUACUAUUACCCUUUCUCUGCUCUUUCCGAUACUGCUAAGCUUUACAAUGAUCUCCGCUGGAAUGUCACAAGGCCACAAGGAUUUGAAGCUGUGAUGCGUGUUAGAUGCAGCCAGGGUAUUCAAGUUCAGGAAUAUUCUGGAAACUUCUGUCGGCGCAUACCAACGGAUGUUGACUUACCUGCGAUUGAUUGUGACAAAACAAUAAUGGUGACACUGAAACACGAUGACAAGUUACCAGAAGGUUCUGAGUGUUCAUUCCAGUGUGCCCUUCUAUACACCACUAUAUACGGACAAAGAAGAAUCCGGGUUUCUACCUUGUCACUGCCUUGCACCAACAUGUUAAGUGACUUGUUCCGGGCGGCUGACUUGGACACCCAGUUUGCCUGCAUGUUAAAGCAAGUUGCUGCUGAAAUUCCUUCAGCUUCUCUUACACAAGUGAGUGAACAAGCUACGAAUGCUUGCAUCAACAUCUUGUACUCUUACCGCAAGUUUUGUGCUACUGGUUCAUCUUCCGGACAGCUUCUUCUGCCCGAGGCACUUAAAUUGUUGCCUCUAUAUACACUUGCGUUGCUCAAAAGCGCUGGUUUACGUCAUGAUGGGAGAAUAGACGAGAGGUCCUACUGGAUCACUCACGCAUCUCAUUUACCCACACCUUUGGUAAUUUCAUUUGUGUACCCAAGAAUGAUUGCCAUUCAUGACCUUGAUGAAAAGGAGUCGGAUGAUUCCAUUAUUCCCACUCCCAUUGUGCUUAACAGCGAGCAAAUUAGUGAUGAAGGAAUAUAUCUUCUUGAGAAUGGAGAAGAUUGUUUAAUUUAUGCUGGUAACUCAGUUCAGCCAAAUAUUUUGCAACAGUUGUUUGGAGUUUCAUCUGUUGAAGAAAUUUCCAACCAGUUCACUCUUCAGGAAUUCGACAAUUCUUUGUCAAAGAAGCUGAAUGCCAUUGUAAAUGAAAUAAGACGUCAGAGGUGUUCUUAUUUACGCUUGAAAUUUUGUAAAAAGGGAGACCCUUCAGGUGAUUUUCGCCUUUUCCUUUAUGUUCUCGAGGUGUUUGUACUGCGAUUUACUUGUUUUAUUUCGCUGAUGAAUGUUAUCGCUGAAAGAUACUUAGGUUGCUGGAGCUUGGGGUUCAUCUGUUUCCUUUGUUCACUCCCCGAGACGGAUAGUUCCUCCGGUAGCCUGGACUCUGCUGAUCAGAACAUGAGCCUUUCAGAACAAAACAGCAGGAGGAGGGAAAACAGUAGCCAACGGCCCAGGAACAAUAAUUAUUCGCGAAACAACCGUCGUGAGUGGGUCCCACGCGGAUCAGCACCUGCUCCUCACACUUUAGUUCCAUCAGCUAGUGAAGAUGUUCCGAUUCAGAAUGACACUGGAAAUGGUGCAGAGCCCAUCAACAGGCCUGUCAGGCCCAUUGUUCCCAUGGGCAACAGGAACCAUGGUGCAUCGAGAGGAAAUCCAGCCCGCUUCACAAACCGAAGAGGGAAAGAGAUGGAUGAUAAAGGGAAGUACAACCGUGAUGAGAAUCCCAAGGCAUCAAAGGGUACCAACAUACCCCAGCUCGUGCAGGAAAUUCAGGACAAGCUCUUGAAGGGUUCGGUCGAGUGCAUGAUUUGCUACGACAUGGUUAGAAGGUCUGCCCCCAUUUGGUCGUGCUCCAGCUGUUACUCAAUUUUCCAUCUGAGUUGCACCAAGAAAUGGGCCAAGGCCCCAACUUCUAUUGAUUUGCUGGCCGAGAAGAAUCAGGGCUCUAACUGGCGCUGCCCAGGAUGCCAGUCCGUGCAACUUAUGUCGGCGAAGGAGAUUCGAUACAUGUGCUUUUGCGGGAAAAGGCCGGACCCGCCUACCGAUUUGUAUUUGACACCACAUUCUUGUGGGGAGCCAUGCGGAAAGCCAUUGGAAAGAGUGAUUCCUGGCAGCGACUUGAGUAGUGAGGAUAUCUGUCCUCAUGUCUGUGUUUUGCAGUGCCAUCCAGGCCCUUGUCCGCCUUGCAAGGCAUUUGCCCCUCCACGCAAGUGCCCUUGUGGGAAAAAGGUUAUUACCACGAGAUGUGCCGACCGAAUGUCAGUACUUACCUGUGGGCAAGCAUGUGAUAAGCUUCUCGACUGCGGGCGGCAUCGUUGUCAGAGUGUCUGCCAUGUGGGUCCGUGUGAUCCUUGUGAGGUUCUUGUCAAUGCUUCCUGUUUUUGUAAGAAGAAGGUCGAGGUUGUUCUAUGCGGGGAUAUGACUGUGAAGGGGAAACUCGAGGGGGACUGUGGCGUGUUCUCGUGCGGUUCUGUCUGCGAGAACAAACUCAACUGUGGUAAUCACGUCUGCCAAGAGACGUGCCAUCCAGGCUCGUGCGGCGAAUGUGAAUUAUUGCCGACAAGGAUCAAGACUUGCUGCUGUGGUAAGACGAACUUAACCGAGGAUCGACAAAGCUGUUUGGAUCCAAUCCCUACUUGUUCGAAGAUUUGCCACAAAAUCCUCCCUUGUGGUUUGCAUCGUUGCGAGAACGUCUGCCAUCUCGGGACUUGCCCGCCGUGCCACGUGCUCGUCACCCAAAAAUGCCGCUGUAACUCCACCUCCCGAACCGUAGAGUGCUACAAAACCGUCAUGGAAGAAGGAAAAUUCACCUGUGACAAGCCCUGCGGCCACAAGAAGAACUGCGGGAGGCACCGUUGCAGUGAGCGUUGCUGCCCGCUCUACAAUACCUCCUCCGGCCAGCCCUCGGCAGAAUGGGACCCGCACCUUUGCUCGAUGCCAUGUGAGAAGAAGCUGAGGUGUGGGCAGCAUUCCUGCACCUCAUUAUGCCACAGCGGUCACUGUCCUCCAUGUCUUGAGACGAUCUUCACUGACCUGACGUGUGCAUGCGGUCGAACCUCAAUCCCACCCCCUCUGCCAUGUGGCACUCCCCGACCCUCCUGCCAGCACCCUUGCUCGGUGCCCCAGCCGUGUGGCCACUCGUCUUCCCACAGCUGCCAUUUCGGGGACUGCCCUCCGUGCUCGGUUCCUAUUGCCAAGGAGUGUGUGGGCGGGCACGUGGUCCUCCGUAAUAUCCCGUGCGGGUCAAAAGACAUCAGGUGCAACAAGCUGUGCGGGAAAACGAGGCAGUGCGGGCUGCACGCAUGCUCGAGAACCUGCCACCCUGGCGCAUGUGGUUCCUCCUUCACUUCUGUCCCGGUUGGCACUCGGGUGUCGUGUGGACAGACUUGCGGGGCCCCCAGGAGAGAUUGCAGGCACACGUGCACAGCCCUCUGCCACCCCUUGUCCCCCUGCCCAGAUGUGAAAUGCGAGUUCCCAGUCACCAUCUCCUGUUCCUGUGGCCGUAUGACAGCUGCCGUUCCCUGUGGGGCUGGAGGAGUUGCCGCCGACGGGUAUAGUAACGUCGACAGCUUUCUGGAAGCUUCCAUAGUCCAGAAGCUUCCCGCGCGCCUCGAGGAGAACGGGCAGAGAGUUCCGCUCAGCCAGCGGCGGCUCGCGUGCGACGACGAGUGCGCAAAGAUGGAGCGGAAGAAGGUUCUGGCGGACGCCUUCGGCGUGGGCCCGCCGAGCCUGGACGCGCUCCACUUUGGGGAAACAACUGCUUCUGUCUCGGAGGUGAUAUCGGACCUCCUCAGGCGGGACGCCAAGUGGGUGCUGGCGGUGGAGGAGAGGUGUCGGCAGCUGGUGUUAGGGAGAAGCAGGGGCGGAUUGAACGCUCUUAAAGUGCAUGUUUUCUGUCCGAUGCCUAAGGAGAAGAGGGAUGCUUUGCGGCUGAUAGCAGAGAGGUGGAAGCUCUCGGUCAACUCGGCUGGCUGGGAGCCGAAGAGGUUUGUGGUGGCUCACGUUACGCCAAAAUCAAAAGCCCCAUCCCGUAUACUUGGUUUCAACAAGUUAUCCGGCCCAGCUGGCAAUAUUCUGCAGCCGCCGGUUUUUGACCCACAACUGGACAUGGACCCGCGCCUCGUCGUUGCUUUGUUUGAUUUGCCGAGGGAUGCGGAUGUGAGUGCGCUUGUUUUGAGAUUCGGUGGGGAGUGUGAGUUGGUUUGGUUGAACGAUAAAAAUGCUUUGGCGGUUUUUGGCGACCCAGCUCGUGCGGCUACUGCUAUGAGGAGAUUGGAUCAGGGGUCGGUGUACCAUGGAGCUGUUGUUGUGGUUGCUCAGAAUAGCGGGGGUUCUGUGGGUGUGAGCUCGGGUGGGGCUCUGAAGGGGAAUAAUCCGUGGAAGAAGGUGGUUAUGCAGGAUUCUUCGAGCUGGAAGGAGGGUAGUAGUAGUAGUAGUAGUUGGUGGGGGCCUGAGGAUUUGUCGAAAUCUUGUGGGGAUGGUAGUGGUGGGCCUAAUGCGAAGGAGAAAGAGGGUUUGGGUGUGGGCUCAAGCAACAGGUGGAGUGUUUUGGUGUCGGGAAGCGUUUCCAGGUCGAGCGAUGGUGCUUCUGCGAAAACCGAGAAUUUUCGGAAUAGGACGGGUGAUGAUAAGAUGAUAACGGGCUCUGGUGGGGUGGAUAAAUCGGGUUUGAGUUCGGUGGUGAAUCGGGCAGGUUCGAGCGACGACACGUCUGCUGAUGUGGUGGAUGAUUGGGAGCAAGCCUGUGUAGAUUGAAAGUUUCGCAUGAAUUGAAGGCUUUUUUGUGUUUUCAAGUUGUUAGUAAGAUGGGAGAUUGUCAUUCUACCAUGAUGAUUUUUUU